AUGCUUUACGAAGAAUCAGACUCAUGGUCCACUAAAAGAGAGAUACUGUCAUUAUUUGCACAGGAUUAUACAAAACCUCAGUUGAUAACGAUGGUUCCAGGAUUGUCCAAAUGGCGUAUAGACGAGGUGCGCAAACACGCUGCUCUUGUUGGGCCAGGAAAACCACUUGAUGUACCAAACGUUCACCGAAUGAAGUUAGACCCUGUUAAAGUUGACCACUUCAUUGAUUUUGUAUCCAGUCCAAAUUAUCUACAAGAUGUUGCCUAUGGGACACGAACUAUCAAGCUUACCAAUGGAGAAGCAUUUGAAAUACCCAAUGUGGUGAGGACCGUUACAUCGUCCAGACUUGUUAACCUUUAUUUCUCGUUUUGCCAAGAGAUCAACUUUGAACCUCUGGCAAGAUCAACUUAAUUUGGUAUACUCAAGGUAAAUAUAUUAAGAGCUAUUAUACGUACUAGAUAUUCCCUGAGACUUGUCAGAUCUUCUUAAAACCCAUUGGCGUAGAAACAACUUCUUACGAUACCCCAUUCCCCUUCUGUAUGCUAGUGUGAAAACUUGUUUGAUCUUUCUCUUUGCUAUUGUUGUAAGGAAUGUGCUGCAUCCCAGCAGAAAAGUCUUAGUGGACUAGAUAACAUUGCUACAGAAGGAUCUUCAGCUUUCCAGACUUUACACGAUGUGGCCGCGCAAUUAUCCAAAGCAGGUAAAAACACUACGCAAUUUCGUGCAAGCGUAUGCCACUCGUUACGCCAUAUCGUAACUGUGUGAGUGCUGUAUAAUCGUAGACUAAAAGAGUUGGAAAUUUUUGUCUCAAUAGUCCUAUGAAUUUGCGCGAUCAUAUAGAAACCAUUCUGAACAUAUAAGAAGUUCAGAAGAAACUCAAAAUUUCAUAGAAAUAUUAAUCCUCGCCCAUUGGCAGGUAUUUCCACGAAUUCCACUGAUCAAUUUCUCGUUUCCCAAAUACCACGCGUGUUUCUAUAACUCCGCGUUAGAAACACAGAACAUGUUUUCUUUUUUUAGAGUUACUGAAUAGGUGAUGUAUAUUUGUGUAGGUAUGUCCUUUUCUUGGUGCAUGAAAAUCCAAGAGCAACUGAAGUGUAGUAAAAACUACCUUAAAACAGAUUACAAGAUCCAUAUUGCGUCUGAAAGCAGGUGUGGAGAUCACUGUUGCAUCCAUGCCUUGUCUUCUUCUGAGACAGAAUUUAAGACUAAGUGUAAGCAUAAGCACGACGACGAAUGUGAUCAAUGUCAGAUGCUAAAAACGACUCUGCAAGAAAUAGAUGAUGCCUCAAAAUCUACUGCUGACGUAUAACUAAGGUUUGUAUUUGUAGUUUAAAUUAUCAAUAUUCUUUGUUCGCUUAAAGGCCUAUGCUUAUUUUUUAAUUUCCUACUAGCCAUGAUGAGCUUCAGCAAGUUAUCCACGACAUCACCACCGCCGUAGAUAAAAUUAAGGCUUGGAAGUCCCAUAUACUGAGAACAGUACACCAGGAAACUGCUAAGACGGUUGUCUUAGGCGACCUUAAGUUAACGCAGAUUAUGUUAGUAAUAGACUGGGCAAUGAAAUUUAUUCCAUCGUGCUACAGAGAAACCCAAGCAGAUUGGUACGGCAAAAAAGGUCGCCCAUGGCAUGUCGCUGCUGUUAUUUCGAAAAACAGUGAAAACGGAGAGCUGGAGGUAUAAUUCUUCUAAUCAAUUUUCAUUUUUUAUUCAUAUCAUUUCGUGAAACUAUACGUUUUAUUUCAUUAUAGUUUCUCGCUUUUUUCGUACUUAUGGGGCAUACACCUCGAGGAAUAGCAUUUUUUGUUGUUUGCCACAAGUGUGAUAGUUACUGCAUACCAGUUCACACCAACCCACUAUUGUCUUUUAGACAUUAAUUUUAGAAUAAGCUUUGUGUAAAAAGUCUAAUCAUGUUGGGGGAAAUUUGUCUAAUCAUUUUGGGGGAAAAAUUGUUAUAAUACGUGUGCACAGAAUUAUUCGUAAAUGUGAAAAUCGCGUGAAAAACCCAGCGUGAAAAUCAUAUAUUUCAUUUCAUCUUAUUUACAUAUUCGAUUUUAUUGUUUACAUCAAUUUUUAACUUUCAUGCUUUUUUCAAUUUGUUGUUUAAAAUCAGUUCAUUUGAUAACACCAUUCCUAAUAACAGGUACAGACGUACGUGCACGUGUUCAACCAGUGUACACAGAAUUGGUUUGCUGUGGUGUUGAUCGUUGAGAAUGUCCUGGAAGAAGUUAGAAGGAGCAAUCCAAAUAUCAAGGAAGCUUUCAUAUGGCCAGAUAACGCCGGAUGUUAUCAUGCUGCACAACUUAUUCUUUCAAUUCCGGCUAUAUCAAAGAGAGUUGGCAUUAACGUUCGACGUUACGAUUUCAGCGAUCCCCAGUCUGGAAAGGAUAUUUGUGAUCGCCGUAUCGCCGUAAUGAAAAGUCAUAUGCGUUCGUAUCUCAACGAAGGAAAUGACAUUAAUUCGGCAUCAGAUAUGAAGAGAGCACUUGAUUCGUAUGGUAGUGUCAAAAGCUGUAGGGUUGCCGCCGUUGAUGUCGAUGUAUCAAAACAGGUCAUGACUGAUCAUAAGUGGAAGGGAAUACAGUCACUGAAUAACUUUGAAUUUCUGAGUACAGGAAUACGAGUCUGGAAAGCAGUUGGCAAAGGUUGA